AGCAACAUCAGGGAGAAAAGAGAGCGAGAAAGCGGGUAGGAAAAGGGGAAAGUUAUCUCGGUAACUUUUGGGUUGUUAACGGCGUCCUGUAUUUUAGCAACAAAAAAGGCAUAUAUUUUACUGUUCUGAAUGAAUAAUUGUUAUAUGCAGGGUGACUGAAAUGAGCUGUUUUGAAAGGAAAGGAAGGAAGAAGUACACCACUGGAGUUUUCUCCAUACUUUUGUCGUUGUAUGAGGCACCUUUAUAAUCAACAUUUUGGAUUAUCUACGGAAGUUAGUCGGCUGUUUUCAGGGUUCGAUUGAAAGGAAUACCGACUCCAUUGGUGGUUUGUUCCGGGCUAAACAGUCUUUAGGAGCAUUGCAUUUUGCCACCGUGAAUGCCCUCAUCUCUUCGUGCACGGCAGUGAAGGAUGCCAGGAUGCCUUCUCUGAUCAUUUCCCAUCUGCUCGUCAUCUGGCUGGGUGUCCAGAGGCUGGCCUGGUGCGCAGAGCGCACAUCCACCCGGGAGCGCUUCAAAGUGGUCAUCGCCCCUCUCAUCUGCAAGAGAAUUUGUUUGAAAGGCCAGUGCCAGGACACCUGUGAGCAGGGCAACAAUACCACACUGAUAGGCGAGAACGGACAGUCAGCGGAUACUCUCACAGGUCCUGGAUUCAGAGUGGUUGUGUGUCCACUGACCUGUAUGAAUGGAGGGGUGUGCAGCUCGCGGACCCACUGCCUGUGCCCGCCAGGUUUCACUGGUCGGCUGUGCCAGUUCCCGCUACGGCAGAUGCCCGAGGCCCAGGCGGCGCGGGGCAACAAGCAGCCCGUAUACACCCUGUCGGUGCUGUCAGACGGCCAGAGCCAGGUAGAGCAGGCGGCCAUGGGGCGACCACAGCUGACACAGACCCACUCUGUGUUCACCCUGCCCCUGGCACAGGGGGCAGGUCACCACUCAUCAGAAGUGCAGUUUAAUGUGCGUGUCCACCAUACACACGACACGUCCGUUGUCAUCCGUCCUCUCGACCAAUCUAAUUCCAAGCCCCCUCAUAAAACUGUGACACGCUUGACCCCUCAGACGCAGAAACCCAGGGGGCGGUGCUUCCAGGAGACCACACCCAAACAAGCUUGUAGCAGUACCCCUCUCCCUGUACUGACCAAUCAGGAGGACUGCUGUGGAAGUGUGGGGAACUCCUGGGGACAAAACAAAUGUUAUAAAUGUCCCAAGCUACCAUAUGCUGGAGUGAAGCUGCAGACCAUCAUAGAGGACUAUGGUUCCACCUGCCCUCUGGGCUACAAGAGACUCAACAGCACCCACUGUCAAGACAUCAACGAGUGCACCAUGCAGGGGGUGUGUCAGAACGGGGACUGCCUGAACACCCAGGGUAGUUUCCUGUGUGCCUGUAAGCCUGGCUUCACCCUGGACAGGACCAGAUGUGUGGAAUCUCCAUCUCCGGUGGAGCAGGCUCAGUGUUUCCUCAUGGCAACGGAUGCGGGUCGCUGUGAGCACGCCCUACCCACCCGCCUGUCCCAGGAGAUGUGCUGCUGCACCGUGGGCAAGGCAUGGGGCUCCAGCUGUGAGAGGUGUCCCCAAGACGGCACAGCCUCCUUCAGCAAGAUCUGUCCAGCAGGGAAGGGCUACUUCCUCCACAGUGUCCGGGAGACGGUGGCGUUCCCUCCUCAGAUCCACACCAGCCUGGAGCAGGAGGAAGUCAAGCCCCCGGAGGAGCCUCCAGAGAUGACCACACCCAUGCAGCUCUCCACCCAUGCCCCCCGCGGCCCCGAGAUCGUCACAAAGCCCACCCCUCCACCCAUCAUCAGGUUGAACCCAGACAGUGACCCCCUGGAGGUGGCACAGACGCAGGUCUCACCAGAGACAGACGAGUGCAGGCUGAACAGAAACCUCUGUGGCCAUGGGGAGUGUGUCAACGUGCACACUGGCUACAAGUGUGAGUGCUACGCUGGCUACCGGCUCCACCCUCAGAGGAACGCCUGUGUGGAUGAUGAUGAGUGUGAUGCUGAGCCAUGUGGCCAUGGAAGAGGCAUCUGCAUCAACACAGAAGGCUCCUACCGCUGCCGUUGUCUCCAUGGCUACAAGCUCUUGGUGUAUCAUGGGAAACUCAGAUGUCUAGAUGUGAAUGAGUGCUCCAAGCCGGACGUCUGUGGGCAGGGGGGUCAGUGUGUUAACCUGCCAGGGUCUUACAAGUGUGAUUGUCACAAAGGCUUCAGGAGCAAGUCCCAACGCCAGCCAGCCUGUGAAGAUAUAAAUGAGUGUCUGGACCCCAGCAGCUGUCCCAAUGAGCAGUGUGAGAACACUCCGGGCUCCUAUGAGUGUGUUCCCUGCUUCUCUGGUCACCAGGCCCAGGGUGGUGUCUGCUACGAUGUCAAUGAGUGCCAGAAGCGCGGGGUGUGUCCCAACGGGCGCUGUGAGAACCUGCCAGGAACCUACCGCUGCCUCUGUAAUGAAGGCUUCCUCCCAGCUGCAGACAGCCAAGGCUGCAGAGACAUUGACGAGUGUGAGGAUGAAAGACUGUGUGCCAACGGGCGCUGUGUCAACACAGAAGGCUCCUUCCAGUGCCAGUGCUACCCAGGAUACCAGCGCACUCAGGAGGGCAGCCAUUGUGAAGAUAUAAAUGAAUGUGAGCGUCCCUCUAACUGCCAGAGGGGGCGCUGUAUCAACAGCAUGGGCUCCUAUCGCUGUGAAUGUCAGAAGGGCUACAUGCUUGUCGGAGGGAGGCGGUGCCAAGACAUGGAUGAGUGUGCGAUAGACAGGGGUCUGUGCCAGCCUCAUGGUGUGUGUGAGAACAGACAGGGCUCCUAUGUGUGUGUGUGCAAAGACGGCUUCAUUCUGUCUGAGGACAAGCACAGCUGUGAGGAGAUUGAGGUGGACAUGGAGGAUAAGAAGGAGUGUUACCUGAACCUGGAUGACACAGUGUUCUGUGACAGUGUCCUGGCCACCAACGUCACCAAGCAGGAGUGCUGCUGCUCCAUUGGCGUGGGCUGGGGGGACCACUGUGAGAUCUACCCCUGCCCCGUCUACCACUCAUCUGAGUUCCAUUCCCUGUGUCCGGUGGGCCGAGGUUUCUACCAGGAGGAGGGAGUAACUGAUUACGGCCUGUCUGUCCAUAUUGAUAUCGAUGAGUGUGUGCUCUUCUCCAAUGAGAUCUGUAAGGAGGGCCGCUGUAUGAACACACAGCCUGGCUAUGAAUGUUACUGCCAACAGGGCUUCUAUUACGACAGCAACCUACUGGAGUGCAUUGAUGUGAAUGAGUGCCACGAUGAGUCUCUGUGUACCAACGGUCAGUGUAAGAACACCAGAGGCUCCUUCUACUGUACCUGUAACUCUCCCUGGACCCCAGAUGCUUCCAAUAAGAAGUGUGUCAUUCCCACUGUGGCAGGUGUGGAUGAGUGCCAGGAUCCAUUGAACUGUAAGAGUGGCCACUGUGUGGACACCCCUGGGUCCUACUACUGCAUCUGCUCUCCCCCCUGGAUCCUGGCCACUGACCGCAACAGCUGUGUGACCUUAGAGGAGCAGGCUGACCGCACGGCGGCCCAUAAGGACGUGUGUUUCCUGCAGGUGGAUGAGGAUCUGAUCUGCAGCCACCCCAGAAACGGCCCGGUGUUCACCUACUCUGAGUGCUGCUGUCACUAUGGCCGUGGCUGGGGCCCUGAGUGUAGGACCUGCCCCCAAAGAAACUCGGUGAUCUUUAACCGGCUGUGUGACAUGCACUUGGAGACAGAGUCUGAUGGUGAGGGAGAUUUCCUGGCAGCUUUCGCCAACUACAACCCAGAAGGUGACAGUUCAGAAGAGGACUCAGAUGAGUGUAGUUGUGCCAAUGGCCGUUGUGUGCGUUCCUACUUGAGCACUAUGUGUGAUUGUAACACAGGUUUUAGACUGGACCACUCCCACACCCGCUGCACAGAUAUUGAUGAGUGUGCUGAACCAGGGGUCCGAGUUAAUCCAUGCAAGAAUGCCCGCUGUGUCAACACCAUAGGCUCGUUCAAGUGCUACUGCAAAAAUGGCUUUGUCCCUGCACGAAGGCCCAACAUGUGUGUACCAGGCACCAAGGCCCAACAUAUCCGUUCCAGGGCUCUAUAACAGCUUUAUCUCUGUCAAACACACACAAAUACACACAUGUAACCCCUCUGUCUUAUAAGUUCAGUAUUCAGUGUGUACCUGUCUCUCCUUGAAGUGUCCCUCGAAAACAUUGUGGUGUCUUCAAUAGGCUCAUUUGAAAUGUUUGAAAUGGACUAAAUGUGUUGCUGUUGUUGUCGGCUUCUCCUUCACUGAAAUGAGAUGCACCAUAGGCUUCCAGUUUGGCUCAACUAUUUUUCCCUCAUCCCUAGAUCAGUUAAUGAUUUGGGGGAAAAAAUACAGACCAAGGGAACAUAUUAGUUAGUUUAUGUAUUUUUGUAAUUAUUCUUCUUUUUUUAACGUUUGUUUCCAUUGACUGUUAAACUUGUGUUUUGUUUAGUUGUUGAGUUUUGUCCUUGUUGCAUUGAUCUUAUACAGUGCCUUGCGAAAGUAUUCGGCCCCCUUGAACUUUGCGACCUUUUGCCACAUUUCAGGCUUCAAACAUAAAGAUAUAAAACUGUAUUUUUUUGUGAAGAAUCAACAACAAGUGGGACAAAAUCAUGAAGUGGAACGACAUUUAUUGGAUAUUUCAAACUUUUUUAACAAAUCAAAAACUGAAAAAUUGGGCAUGCAAAAUUAUUCAGCCCCCUUAAGUUAAUACUUUGUAGCGCCACCUUUUGCUGCGAUUACAGCUGUAAGUCGCUUGGGGUAUGUCUCUAUCAGUUUUGCACAUCGAGAGACUGAAAUUUUUUCCCAUUCCUCCUUGCAAAACAGCUCGAGCUCAGUGAGGUUGGAUGGAGAGCAUUUGUGAACAGCAGUUUUCAGUUCUUUCCACAGAUUCUCGAUUGGAUUCAGGUCUGGACUUUGACUUGGCCAUUCUAACACCUGGAUAUGUUUAUUUUUGAACCAUUCCAUUGUAGAUUUUGCUUUAUGUUUUGGAUCAUUGUCUUGUUGGAAGACAAAUCUCCAUCCCAGUCUCAGGUCUUUUGCAGACUCCAUCAGGUUUUCUUCCAGAAUGGUCCUGUAUUUGGCUCCAUCCAUCUUCCCAUCAAUUUGAACCAUCUUCCCUGUCCCUGCUGAAGAAAAGCAGGCCCAAACCAUGAUGCUGCCACCACCAUGUUUGACAGUGGGGAUGGUGUGUUCAGUGUGAUGAGCUGUGUUGCUUUUACGCCAAACAUAACGUUUUGCAUUGUUGCCAAAAAGUUCAUCUGACCAGAGCACCUUCUUCCACAUGUUUGGUGUGUCUCCCAGGUGGCUUGUGGCAAACUUUAAACGACACUUUUUAUGGAUAUCUUUAAGAAAUGGCUUUCUUCUUGCCACUCUUCCAUAAAGGCCCGAUUUGUGCAAUAUACGACUGAUUGUUGUCCUAUGGACAGAGUCUCCCACCUCAGCUGUAGAUCACUGCAGUUCAUCCAGAGUGAUCAUGGGCCUCUUGGCUGCAUCUCUGAUCAGUCUUCUCCUUGUAUGAGCUGAAAGUUUAGCGGGACGGCCAGGUCUUGGUAGAUUUGCAUUGGUCUGAUACUCCUUCCAUUUCAAUAUUAUCGCUUGCACAGUGCUCCUUGGGAUGUUUAAAGCUUGGGAAAUAUUUUUGUAUCCAAAUCCGGCUUUAAACUUCUUCACAACAGUAUCUCAAACCUGCCUGGUGUGUUCCUUGUUCUUCAUGAUGCUCUCUGCGCUUUUAACGGACCUCUGAGACUAUCACAGUGCAGGUGCAUUUAUACGGAGACUUGAUUACACACAGGUGGAUUGUAUUUAUCAUCAUUAGUCAUUUAGGUCAACAUUGGAUCAUUCAGAGAUCCUCACUGAACUUCUGGAGAGAGUUUGCUGCACUGAAAGUAAAGGGGCUGAAUAAUUUUGCACGCCCAAUUUUUCAGUUUUUGAUUUGUUAAAAAAGUUUGAAAUAUCCAAUAAAUGUCGUUCCACUUCAUGAUUGUGUCCCACUUGUUGUUGAUUCUUCACAAAAAAAUACAGUUUUAUAUCUUUAUGUUUGAAGCCUGAAAUGUGGCAAAAGGUCGCAAAGUUCAAGGGGGCCGAAUACUUUCGCAAGACACUGUACAUCCAUGAAUCUUAAGCUCUCCUGCAGUUUGAUGAGGAGGUUUCUCGCUUCCUGUAUGUCUGAAUGCCUGUAUGAGUAGCAGACCAUUAUCGUAAAUGUUUUUAUCGUCCUCUGUCUCUGCCCUCCUCCAUUGUCCAGUUUUGUACAGUAUGUAAAGUGGAGAUUACUUUGUUGACUGUUAGCUCAGUACCUAUCAUGCUCCUGUAAUCGUUUUGUGGGAUGUUUUAUGAUUAUACUUCAUUGUAAAGCCAUUAAACACCUUUUACAUUUUUGACAUGUGCACAUUGAAUACAAUUGAAGCUGACCAAAGGUAAAGGGGUAAGAGGUCGUAUUCAGACCUAACUCGUGGAUUCAGAGGGAAUCCUCAGGAGUACGGUGGUAAAUCGACCUCAAAGUAAAUGGAAUGGCAUGUUUAGUGACUUCUCUUAACAAAAUGUCUGUUUGUUUGUCUAUGCAUUGUAAAAGAACGAAAGAGGCUUUUGAGCAGAAAAAUAAAUGAACGGCAGAAGUCAACCACCCAAA